AUGUGGGUUCUCCACGUAGAUGGUUCCUCAAAAACUAUAGGUUCAAGAGCAAGAUUGAUCUUAACAAGCUCAGAUGGAAUGGUCGCAGAGUAUACCUUGCGCUUUGAUUUCUCUACUUCCAACAAUAAAGCCGAGUAUGAGGCACUUGUGAUCAGAUUAAGAAUGAUGGAGGAUCUGGAGGUUCGGCACCUCAAGAUUCAUAGUGAUUCACAGCUCAUCGUCGGCCAAGUUCAGAGAGAAUAUGAAGCUCAGGAGCCAAACAUGAUAAAGUAUCUACAAAAGGUCAAAGAUCUUGCUUCUAACUUUGUCACCAUGAGUGUCCAACAAAUACCGAGGGUGGAGAAUUGCCUCCAUCCCUCAAAAGCCGAGCAUGCCUUACGAGAAGUCCACGAGGAGAUCUACGGCAAUCACUUGGGGGGCAAGGUCCUUGCUCAUGAGGUGCUGCGACAAGGGUACUUUUGGCUGAUCAUGCAAAGGGAUGCUGCUGACUUGGCUAUUAUCACUGACAAUAGACGUCAGUUCGACAAUCCAAAGUUCAUAGAGUUCUGCAAUGGACUGGAUAUCUCCCACAAGCUGACCUCAAUAGCUCAUCCUUAG